UUGAUCAACAACCAAACAGCCCCUAAAGCACCCUCCUCUCCCGGAGAGCCUCUGGCCUUCGCCUCCCCUCCCUUCCCCGCCACACCAACGAGCAGGCGCCAAAAAUAAACGCCACGCCAUUACGUGGAAAGAGAGAGGGAGAGGGAGAGGGAGAGGGAGAGAGCUUGCCAUACUGCCACCUCUUCCUCGUGGAGAUCACCUCGUCGCGAUGGAGGUUGCCGAGGCGCCCGCGCCCGACGAUGACGGGCUGGUCGAGCGCGGCGUGGCGCUGUACCCCGCCAGGCUGCUCGCCGGCGUCGUCUCCGGCGCCCUCACCGGCCUCUUCGCCCUCGCUGGAGCCUUGACCGGGGCAGUCACCGGCGCGGUGGCGGGCAGAGCUUCGGACAGCGGCGUUCUGCGGGGAGCUGGGUCGGGGGCGUUCGCCGGAGCUGCCCUCUCCAUUGAGGUUCUUGAGGCUUCUCGCGCUUAUUGGUGCUCGGACCGGUUGGGCUCGCAUGGCGCAUCCUCCAUGGCCAAUUUCGUUGAGCAGCUCCUUCAUGCCCGGUUUUUGCAAGAGCAAUCUACGCCUUCAGCAUAUACAUCACAUCGCUGGCAGGUCACCCUAUCAGAUUUUGGUUAUGAUGAUGUAUAUGACAUAGUUGGAGACAUUUCAUCUAAAGGGCUUUCGAGAGAGUCACUGAAGAAAUUAUCACAUUAUGUGGUCACUGACCAAAUGCGGGACUCAUUUGGUGAAAUCCUUUCUUGCCCUAUCUGUCUACAGGACAUCGUAGCCGGUGAAACAGCAAGGAGGUUGCCUAAUUGCUCUCACACUUUUCACCAGCCUUGCGUGGAUAAAUGGCUCGUUGAUCAUGGGUCAUGCCCCGUAUGUAGGCAAGGUGUGUAAGAUAGAUAAAACCUACUUGCAAAGUUGCAAGUUCCCGGUGAAGGUGAAAGAAGUUAGUUGGGCGAAAUAUUUGCUUGUAUACUGUACUGCAUUUAGAGGUACAUAAAGCGAUGUAAAUUAGUCGAAUCUGCCUGUUUUACGACCAGAAAGAAACGGUUCUGUACAUCUUGACAGUCUGACUUUGUUUGUUACAACCAGUUACAAUGUGAAAUGAAAUAAGAUCGCUGUGGAAGCUCUUUGUAGUUCUGUACAA